AAAUCGUAGCCCGCUGUCGAGGCACCAGCUAAGCUACUAACGCACGAGCUCUCCGUUAAAUGGCAAAGCUCUACAUUCACCCGGUAACGACCGUGACCGGGUGUCUGGUCUCUGGUCAACCUACCAACGUCUCAAUGGCUCUAGCGUUACCUCAGGAACACGGUUAACCGAGCCUCUUAUUGUUGGCCCCACAAACGCUCCGGCGCCAUGGCAGUGUUGCUACAGCGCCCCCACGCGGCUGCGGCCUGUCUGCUCUUGUGCUACCUGGGCGGUGUCCUGGCGGUGCCGGACCCCAGGCAGAGAGAGGCCCUCAUCCGGCUGGAAGCCUCCAUGCAGACAGGCGGGCAGGUGGUGUUGACCGAUGCUGAGCAGAAGCUGGACGCUCUCCUGUUUAAAAUGAAGCAGGGGGAGAUGGCGAGAACACCAUUUCCUCCCGCCGUGCACUUCUUCAAGGCCAGGGACCUCAUCAGGGCCAGUCCCGUCUUCAACCUGCUCCAGAAGAUGCCCAAGGGGGGAGCCCUCCACGUCCACGACUUGUCCAUGGUAGACGUGGAGUGGGUCGUGAAGAACGUGACCUAUCGUCCCCACUGCUACAUGUGCUUCACUGACAACCAGUCCAUCAGGUUCAUCUUCUCGUCCCAAUGGCCCAAAGCUCUCCCACAUUGCUCUCCCUGGACCCUCCUGGAAAACCUCAGGGCCAAGAUGAUCAAUACCACGGAUUUUGACAACAGCAUCAUGGGCAACCUGACGCUCUUCACUGAUCAGGAUCCAGAAACGCUGUACCCCAGUCAGGAUGAGGUAUGGGAUAAGUUUGAACAGGCCUUCCUCGCAGUGUGGGGCCUGGUCACAUACGCUCCCGUGUUCACAGACUAUUACUACCAAGGCCUCACCCAGUUCUACAUGGACAACGUCAUGUACCUGGAACUACGAGCUUUACUCCCAGAGAUAUACGAGUUGGACGGCAGCACUCAUGACACAGCCUGGACUCUGAAGACCUACCAGGAGGUCACCAGACAGUUCACAGCAGACCACCCAGACUUCUUUGGAGCAAGGAUCAUCUUCACAAUCUAUAGGGGAGUAAAUGCAUCAGUGAUGGCCAGAGUUGUGGAGGAGGCGAUGAAGCUGCAGAGAGACUUCCCAGAUAUCAUGGCUGGUUUUGACAUGGUGGGCCGCGAGGACACAGGCCGACCCCUGUGGGACUUCAGAGAUGCCUUGUCACUGCCAGCAGAGAGAGGGGUGACGCUUCCUUUCUUUUUCCAUGCAGGAGAGACCAAUCUCGAGGGCACAGAUGUGGACCAGAACUUGUUGGAUGCUCUCUUGUUGAACACUUCCCGUAUUGGCCAUGGAUUUGCUCUGCUUCGCCACCCAGUGGCCAAGGAUCUGUCCAGAAAGAGAGGGGUGGCUGUGGAAGUGUGUCCUAUCUCCAAUCAGGUGCUGAAGCUGGUAAAUGAUAUGCGAAACCACCCGGCAGCUGCACUGAUGUCAGAAAACCACCCAUUGGUCAUCAGCUCUGAUGACCCGGCCAUGUUCGGUGCCUCUGGACUCUCUUAUGACUUCUAUGAAGUGUUUGUGGGUUUUGGUGGGAUUAGAUCCCGUCUGGGCUCCCUCAAGGAGCUGGCUAUAAACUCUAUUAGGUAUAGUUCUUUGACUUCAAAGCAACAGGAGGUUGCCCUUGCGCUGUGGCAAAGAAGAUGGGAUAUGUUUGUGUCUGAAAAUGCUUUUUAGAAAGAAACUGUUUUCCCUUUUUUUUUUUCUUCUGUCGGGCAAUCUUCAAAUGCCUUCACGCUUCCUUUGAGAAAGCUUGUAGCACAGGUACAUUAUUAAUGGAAAAUGUGGAAAACUGCUGAACAGUCAAUGUUAUUAGUAACAACUCUGUUUUCCCUGCUACAGUAAGUCAUAUCUGCUUUUAAAAAAAAAAAAAGGCCCAUACCAUUAUUCAAACCGCUUAUCCUUUUCUUUUAGUCACGCUAUAACAUUCUAAAGGAUUACUUGAACUACAGAUAUGUAAUAGCUUCAAUCAAAGGCAUCUUGUUAUGUCUGGUUUUAUUGAGGAUUUUUAAAAAUGUAUUUGCACUUUAAGAUUCAGGUGUGUUUGUAACGUUGCAGGCAGCACUGCUAUUUGGUUGCUUCCUCUUUGUGAUGUGUUGUUGUUUGCGUGUGCUUUGUAAGAGUGUAAUAAGUAGCUAUAGUUAAAAUGGUAUUCAUAUCCUGUGGGCUUUGGAACAUUUCUUUUAAACACGCAGUAUGAUUUUUACAAAUAUACAUUUUAUUUACGUGAAUCCAUCUGAUUUUUAGCUGUUGUGGAUAUAACAGGCCAUAGCUGACCAUUUGUUCAUGUAGGCACAUUUGAUUUAAUCUGACAAAAAAACUCCCUCAGAGAACUGUCCGCAUCCUCCAGACACAUUAAAAUGUUGUCAACUUGAAUUUUAAAUAAUUAAAAACAACUUGAUUUCCA